GACUAUAUUGAAGGCUGUGGUGAGAAUCAUAAUGGGGAGAGGAGGAGGCUCAUUGGAGCGUCUCUCUGCAUGUGAAGCGCGUGCGUCAGAGUGAGGCGGUGACAGCAGAGGUGAGCACCUCAGAAGCUGCUGGGUUCGUCUCCCUCUGUGGCUCGCCUCAGCAGCACCCCCAGACCACCACGGAGGGAAUUUUCUUAAUUUGGAAUAGAUGCAGGCGCUCCUUGAAGACUUAAGUCAAACGACAUGACACGUAACUCUGUUGUGAGUGUGUGAAGAGCUAUUUUUAAGAAAUGCUGACUCAGCCUGAAUGACAAGAAGAAUGAAGGAAACAGCACACGAUAAAGCAACAGCCUAGAUUAAAUGUGUCUGAUUAUUUAAAGUGAUGCUUCAUGCACCGUCCUCCUGAUGGCAGACUGGCUCAGUGUGUGGUGGACUUGCUGAGCUUUGGAUUUGAGGUCUUUCAGGACACUGGGGCAGGUACCGGCCAGCUGCUGCAGCCUCACCAUGGGAGAGACAGCAGAUUACCAAAGACUACAGGACACAUCUGAGUCUGACAACCAUCGCUGUCCCAGUGACGAUGAAGAGAGACUGGGCAGAAGCAUGCAGAGUGAGGAGGGGACAGAAUGGCUGCAGGAUCUGCUGAUGGAGGUGCAGCUGCAGCAGUACUUUAAACAGAUCAGAGAUGACCUCAACGUCACGCGGCUGUCACACUUCGACUACGUCAAGAAUGAAGACCUGGAGAAAAUUGGCAUGGGCCGACCCGGGCAGAGACGACUCUGGGAGGCUGUGAAAAGAAGGAAAGCCAAGCGGAAGUCCUGGAUGAGUAAGGUGUUUAGUGGGAAGCGACCAGAUGGAGAAUACCCUGAACAGAACCAGCUGGCCUCCUCAUUUCGUAAACUGUCCCUCACGCCACCCUUUUGUCUGGGUGAGGGAAUACUCUCCUCACAGUCCUGCGGUGGCUCCCUGCUCGAUGGGCGGCAGCAUGCCCUGACCUGUCUCAUCCCAGAGAAGGACCUGACACUGUUUGAGAAGCUGGGGGAUGGCUCUUUUGGCAUUGUGAAGCGAGGGGAGUGGGUGACGCCUGCUGGGAAGCUGGACGUGGCCGUCAAGUGCCUGAGGACAGACGUGCUGAGUCAACCUGACGCUCUAGAAGAUUUCAUCUGUGAGGUCAACGCCAUGCACUCCUUGGACCAUCAGAAUCUCAUUCGCCUCUACGGUGUGGCGCUCACACACCCAAUGAAGAUGGUGACUGAGCUGGCUCCCCUUGGUUCUCUGCUGGACCGUUUGCGUUGCAUUCACCCACAGGGCCCGGUGCCGAUCCACACUCUGUGUCAGUAUGCGCUGCAGGUAGCCAGUGGCAUGGCUUAUCUGGAGCAGAGGAGGUUUAUCCACAGGGACUUGGCAGCAAGGAACGUCCUGCUGACCUCAAAACACAAAGUGAAAAUUGGGGACUUUGGCCUGAUGAGGGCGCUACCGAACAACGAUGACCACUAUGUCAUGCAGGAGCAUCGCAAGGUGCCCUUUGCUUGGUGUGCCCCAGAGAGUCUGAAGACGAGGACGUUCUCGCAUGCUACUGACACCUGGAUGUUCGGAGUCACGCUUUGGGAGAUGUUCACUCAUGGCCAGGAGCCAUGGCUGGGGCUCAGCGGCAGCCAGAUUCUUCAUAAAAUUGAAAAAGAAGGUGAGCGGCUCCCGAAGCCAGAGGACUGUCCACAGGACAUCUAUAAUGUAAUGCUGCAGUGCUGGGCUCAGAAAGCAAACGACAGACCGAGUUUUGUUGCCCUCCAUGAGUUCCUGCUGGAGACCAUGCCCACAGACAUGUGCGCUCUACAGGACUUUAACGAGGCAGACAAACUCCUGAUCCAAGUCAGCGAUGUCAUCACCAUCAUAGAGGGGAGGGCUGAGAAUUACUGGUGGCGAGGUCAAAACAAGCGCACCCUGAAGGUGGGACGGUUUCCCAGGAACGUGGUGACCUCGGUUGCGGGGCUGUCAGCCCACAGCAUCAGCAGGCCUCUGAAGAACAGCUUCAUCCACACGGGUCAUGGAGACACCAACCCUCAGCGCUGCUGGGGCUUCCCGGACAGGAUCGAUGAUUUAUACCUGGGGAACCCUAUGGAUCCUCCUGAUGUUCUGGGUUUUGAUCUGGGUGCUACUCGGCUGAUGCAGCUACCAGGACGAUAUCAAAAGGAGCCUCCCCCCCGCCCUCCUCAGCCUUCGGUGCUAAUCAAUAAACCUUGUUAUGAUGAAGUGAACGAGGAGGAGGAUACGGCUUCUGCAGCUCUUGGGAGGAAAACCUGCUCGCUCAGAAGCCUGAAGCUUAAACCGGCAGCGUGGGUCCCUGCUUUCAGACAUGGAGGUGGGAGGACUUUGGGCUCAGACCACCACACCAACAGUGACAUGUCUCUAAUUGACUUUGGAGAGGAUUUCCCUCCAUCUCCUUCUCCUGUGGUGGAAAACCAAAUUCCUCUGUUGGCCAAGCUAGCUUUGGAAACUAAGAACAUCCUGGACAAGACCCCACCUCGGAGCCCAUCCACAGCACUGCCUCGACCACUUCACCCCACUCCUGUAGUUGAUUGGGAUGCACGGCCAUUACCUCCACCCCCCACCUACAGUGAUGUAGCCCAAGAUGAAGAUGAUGUGGAGGUGAGCUCUGUCUACAGCUCAGAGCAGCAGCUUGAAGAUGAAAGGAGUACUGUCCACAGUGAUGAUGGAGUUCUCUCCUCAGGACACAGGGUGGAGGGUGAGACCCUGAUCUUAGGCGGACCAGACCUACCAGUUCUUGAAGACAACCUUUUUCUUCCCAGCAAGCAGAACCAGAGUAUGCUCACCUCUUUCUCCCAAUCUGCAGAGAUCUUUCAGGAACUCCAACAGGAGUGCAUGAGAAGGCUCAAGGUCCCAACAGGAAGUGCUUGCCAGUCAUCCUCGCCAUCCCAGAUCUCCACCCUGUCUCCGCAAACUUCUCAGAACUCACCUGAUGGACAACAGAGUUUCUCCUCCACCAGUGAGGACAAGCCUCAGAUCCCCCCACGGGUCCCCAUCCCUCCUCGCCCCAUAAAAAGGGGGGACUACACUUCCCCUCGAUGGCCAAGGGAUCUCUCAAUUUCUCCAAUGCCAGCUGACACUGAAGAGGGCACCUCAUGCCUGUCCACCCCACCCCAGAUCCCUCCCAGGGAUCCUCUGUCUCAGCCGGGCUCCAGGUCUCCAAGCCCCAUCAGUCUGUUGAGCUACAGCCAGCAGAAGCUAUCCUCUGUCAGCCCCAUCACCCAGCAGGCCUCGUUUACAUCCUACCCCUCUGCACACACCUGCCUCUUCACCUCUCCAGGUAAACCUAUGCCCACCACACACAGCUUUGCCUCAGAUCCUAAAUAUGCUAAACCCAAAGUGAUCCAGGCUCAGUGGAAGAACUCUGCCACCAAAGGCCCCUGUAUCCUGCCCAUUGUCCAUGACGGGCAAAAACUAAGUACCACUCACUAUUACCUCCUUCCAGAGAGGCCUCCUUACCUUGACCGCUUCAAAAGCUUCUUCCGGGAGGCGGAGACCUGUCCAGCAGGUGACGUCGAGGACAGACAUGUACGAAAGGCCAACAUGGCCACCGUGAGACCAAUGAUGGUCAACACCCAGACAGUCCAGGGCCAGGGGCCCAUCCAGCCUGGUGAGCUGAAGGCUAAUUGCUUCUCCAGUAAUAAUAGCAGCGAGCGUGGGUCUCGGUCAGAGAUGAAGACAUCCGUUAGUCUCCCUCGUGUGUUUUCAGAUGGGUUGACGGCACCGGUGGUCACUGCUUCCUGUACCAGGAAAGACAAUGGAGGAAGUUCUCUUGACAGAGUCAAAAUGGUGCAGGAGGCGGUUCAUGGCGUGACUAUAGAAGAGUGUCAAGCUGCCCUCCAGAACCACAACUGGAAUGUCAAGAAAGCUGUGAAUCAUCUGAAGGUGGAGUGGUUGUCCUCUUUGGGUCUGGGAAGCAGGGCGGACUGUUUAAAGCUGCUGGAGGCGUGCCACUGGAAUCUGGAAAUGGCCAGCUCUCAGAUGUUAGGUGAUUAUGGAUCCACUCUAAAGUAAAGUUGGUGACAGAAAUGGCACGGUGCGGAGCUUUGGUUGGACCUUUAUCCUCAGUGCAACAUAAUCAGGAGCGGGAUCUUCUCUUGACUGGUUCUGUCUGUCGCUCCAAACAGAAGAUUUCAGCCUGAGGACAGAAGAGUGAAGCACAAAUGAGAUGAGAGUCCACUUACCACAGACACGGAGAAGUUUAGGCUAAACGAAACAACAUCCUCAUCCACCAGCUGGGACUAAAACAAGUCACAAAACCCACUAGCUACAAUAUCAAACAUAUAGAGUUCAAAAGCUGAAUUUAAAAUAAAUAUCACCCAAAGUGCAAACUCCUCUUUUGGCAGCUGUAUCGUCACUUACGGACAACUAUUCCGACAAGACUAUAGAACAUCUGGGACCCACGAUAAAACACAUUCUUAAAUUGGCUGUUAAGGCAAAUCCAGGAAAACAUGUCACCUGUUUUAGUCAAUAUAUGGACUUGUGUUCUGCUUGAAGCCAAAGAAAAGUAAUGAACACAACUGCAGAAUAAACUCGGCUCCCCGCUAGACUGGUCCCAUUCGGAAGUGGAAUGCACAUUUCUGUAUUUGUUAUAUUUAUUUAAAGGUUUGGUGAUAUUUUACUUUGAUCCUCUACAAGAGAAAACUCCCCAGUCAAUUAUAGUAUAGUAACAGCAUUCUGUAGUAUUAUUGUCCCCCCUCCAAAAAAAAAAAAACACCCUCGUGGCUUUCCUGGUUCCAUUCCUGUCAGUAUUAAACACUGAGUGAGAAUAAUUCAGAGGGAAUUUUCUGAUUUAGGGCUGAAUUCUGCCUUCUCCCGUCUAAAGAGACAUGUUUAGGGUUAGGGACCGGAACCACCAGCUGGCUGGAAGUAUCCGUGGGCUGUUAGUCUUCAAACCAAGCUGCUUUAGUUUUGAUUUCCAUCAAAGCCAUGUCGUCCUGUUGUGAUGUUAGCAAACUGUUUCUUUGCAGAUUUAAUUUAGUCCAGAACAUUUAAAGUUGCUUUUUACCUGCUGUUUCUCCUCCAGUGUGCCAUCUCUGCUUUUAUUUGACUUUUCUCCCCGACCUGUUAAAGGCCCCACGUUGCUCCCUCCUGACGUUGAUUAAGUUCUUGUUUCCAAAUUUGUAAAGGUAUUUUUUUUAUUAAAAAAAUAUUUCUUA